CUGUCGGACGAAUUGAUUAAUCGGUUAACGACCAGUCCGGUCGAGUUGGCCCAAUAUAUUAAAAUGACUCACGAGCGGUACAAAAUUCAAACUCCUCCGGCAGCGGUUGGACAGAAGCGUGGCCGCGGUUGGUCCGAUUCCAGUCCGGCCGAUGUCGAUGAAAAUCGUUUAAAGCAGCCUAAAAUAUCUAGCUACUUCAGUGGCGGAGGAUCCGCUAUAAGUCCAGAUAACAAGCUAAAACAACGCAACAUCGAGUUCUAUUUUGGUCGAGCGAAUGGAAGCAACAAGUCAGCAGUCCAAAAUGGGUUUCAUGUAGAGAAAAAGAAACACGAAACUGAUCACGAGGCCGAUGAUACGGAUUCAUUGAUCAGCACUGAAUCGCGGCACAGGUCGCGAAGAAGUCAUACGCCGCGAAUCUCCGCAAGGCGUCCAUCAACGACCAGUAUUGGUUCAUCAUCUCGAAUGUCUCGUCGCGCGAGUUCUGUUAUAUCAGUGCUGAGCGACUCUAGUACUGGUUCACCUGCUGCGCGAAGCAAUCGCGACGGUACAGAAACACCCGUAUCAACCGGGGAAAGCAAAAAACGUAAGUCGGUCAACAAGAACCCGAAAGCGAAUAAAGCUGGCGAAUACGCGGUGGAACAGAUAAUUGACAUUCAGGAGAUAUCGAAUGCUCCUUAUUUUGAAAUUAAAUGGCGCGGAUACAGUGUAAAAAGCAACACCUGGGAGCCGCUGAAUAACAUUCGAACAUGCGACUUCAUUCACGAGUUUAUCCAGUAUCAAAUAGAAGCACACCAGGAUACAAUUGACGAAAUUUUGCAGGAGUUUCGUAAAACAGAUGGGUAUCAGGAGAAACUGGAAGCUCAGGAAGCUAAAUCCCCUGCGGAAAUUUUUAAAGAAUAUGAGACGUUUGAUCCUUUAGCCUUCGACAGUGAUCUUGUUCUAUACGCAAAGAUAGUAUUGAGUGGUUCAAAAAAUAAACGUGUCUACGACCGGCUUUUUGCCAAUAUCUGGCAAGAAAUGUCCUAUCGAAAGCGUCAUCAGCAAUUGAUUAAAAUGAAAAACUUUGAAAAUAUGAUUAACGAGUUUGAGCCGAGCAGUAAGAUUGUGGUUGAAAAUUUUGAAGACUUUGACGCACCGGCAGAAAAUUUCAAGUACAUCAAGGAAAAUCUUGCUGGAGAAGGGGUUGUAAUUCCGGAUGAUCCACCAUACGGAUGUGAAUGUGAGCAGUGUAAUUACCGUAGUGAAUGUUGCGGUAAAAUGGCUGGCUCUCGACUUGCAUACAAUUAUAAGAAACGUUUGAAUGUAGCCCCGGGAACACCGAUUUAUGAAUGUAACAAACGAUGCCGUUGCAGCACCGAUUGUGCCAACCGUGUUAUGCAAAAUGGACGCAAGUUUAACGUUUCUCUCUUCAAGACAUCCAACGGUCGCGGCUGGGGAGUCAAAACUAACCAAACCAUAUACGAAGGCUGGUACAUCACCGAAUACGUCGGAGAAGUCAUUACUUAUGAGGAAGCAGAGAAGCGUGGACGACAAUAUGACGCCGUAGGCCGUACCUACUUAUUUGAUCUUGAUUUCAACGGCAGUGACAAUCCUUAUACGAUCGAUGCAGCUUCCUAUGGCAAUAUUGCACGCUUCAUCAACCACUCCUGCGAUCCGAACUGUGGAAUAUGGUCUGUUUGGGUUAACUGCCUGGAUCCAAAUUUGCCCAGAUUGGCCUUCUUCGCGAAACGAAAAAUCGAAGCCGGCGAGGAAUUGACGAUCAACUAUCAGACCCAAAUCAACGAAAGCCGUGGGAAGGACGUUAGCCAAGGGGAAGAGCAGCUGACGGGCGAUGGUGGACCCGGCAGGGGUAAACCGGAUCCGGAAAAUUUAACCGAAUGCCGAUGCGGGGCAGACAAUUGUAUGAAGUAUGUGUUCUGAGAUUGCUUUCUGAGACGGGAAUAAUUGUUUUAAUUUUCCACACGAUUUGCCUUGCACAAGUUAGGUAAUUUCAAUAGCAUGUAAGGUAUGAAAAUUAUUGUAUUUUUACAAUUUUGAACACGUUUAAUUACGCUCGAAAAUAUAGACAGUUUAUGCUGCCAUCGGAAAUGUUAUUGAUCGAUGAGAAACUCUUCCGAAUGUUGGAAUAUGUUCAUUUUAUAAAAAUCAUAAAACUAUACUUUCUGAAUAUUGUAGAUCAGCGGUUUCAAAUCUUUUUUUAUCCGCUAUUACCGUUCGUCGGUAACUUCAUGUUUGUGUGGAAAUGUAGGGCCUAAUUAUGUAUAGAUAGUUUAAAAAUGGAUUGCAUGUGUUGGUGAAUACGGUCGACUGUACGAUCUAAACGGCAAAGCGUUUUCCGUUGAGCGACACUAACUGGCUCAGCCGAAAUCCAGCAAAUCAACGAAAGUGGAGGGGAAUUGUCCAUCACGAAUCCUUAUUCAGCACAGUGAACAGUUGGAACGAGAUGGCGGAAGACGUUAUGUAGUUAUGAGCUUUCGACGUCACCCAUCAUAUACCAGUAACUCGGCGUACGUAAUUUGUCCUCAUUGUACGCCAUUCGGCGGAUGACCAGUUGUGGAGAUCAGCCUGCAGUCUAUCGUGCCCAAUCACGACAGGCGCCCUCGUACCCACCGGUCGAUAGAAACAACA